CUCUCCAAGAGCCACGGUGGCGUCCCAUAUCCAAUCCGAACCACCUGACUCGUUCUCGGUUCCUGUAGGGACUCGUAUAGUCUGCUUUAGCCCAGCCACGCCAGCUCAAUCAUCCGAUCAAUCGUGCCUUAUUCCCACUGCAGGACAAACUACUACCUCUCAUGUCAUAUGUGCAAUUGUGCAUGCACCAUGGUACCUGUCCUGGGGCUAUUUGAGAUGGCGGUGAUUUCAUGCUCUGUUCGGUGUGUGUGUGAAAAUCGCUCUUAUCUCUCAUUAUUGUCUCAGCCAACACCGCGUCUGGAGGGAAUCCCGUCGGGAAUUCGGAACACGGAGUCCCUACGGAAACGGACCCCGUCAAUGUGCAUGGCACAAUCACCAUCAGGCCGCCACCAGUCACACCCCCCAUCAUGUCUUAGAUCAAUCGAAAUAUUUGUCCCAUGUUAUUAUUGCUCCAACAUUAUUACCUACUAUGUACCUACACAGUAGUAUCUGUCUAUUGUUUAGCUUAGCCGCUGCUGUCAGGGUUGUCGACUCU